GAGUUUAAUUUCGUUAGAGUAGGGGCGGUGUGUGAAUGUGUGGUGCACUUGCUGCAUUUCGAUGAAAUUUUCACGUUGCUAUCAAAACAAUUUAUCGAAAUAAUGAUGAGAGUAACUUUUUCACUGAAUGGCGUAGCUGGCGGAUAAGUUUCUAUCAAAUCUGUGUUGUCUGUGAACUCUAGCGGGCCAUGAACGAUGGCAGUGUUAGUUUCCAACAUAAGUGGACAUAUUCAAAACCAGUUGAAUCGAUCUUUAGAACGAAUACUGGAAGAAGCGAAUCAGAGCGGUGAAUUGAAAUUGAGCAACAGAAAAUUGAAGGAUUUCCCGAAAACGAAUGAAAAAUACAAUUUGAGUGACACCGUAAUAGCAGAUCUCUCCAAGAAUCGUUUUUGCGAGCUCCCCGAAGAAGUGUUGUCGUUUCAUUUCUUAGAGAAGCUCCACUGCUACCACAAUGCCAUCCGAUGUAUCCCGGAUACCGUGAGUAGUCUUCAGUGUUUGAAUUUCUUGGACCUGAGCAGGAACCAACUGACCACUCUACCGAGAGAAUUAUGCCAUCUACCGAUACAGAUUCUGUUGGUAUCAAACAACACUCUCUCCUCCCUACCAGACGAGCUGUGUCGUAUGUCCCAGCUGACGGAGCUCGACGCUUCCUGCAACCAGCUUACCCACCUUCCGCCACGACUGGGCGACCUUAAGCUGCUGCAGUCGCUCGUCCUGAGGAACAACCUGCUUCUGGCUGUGCCCGUAGAACUUACCUGUCUGAAACUCGUCAGGUUGGACCUUCGAGCCAACAGGAUAAGCAACCUUCCGGUCGAAAUGAGAGAAAUGUCGAGUCUGAUUGAGUUGUCCGUCGAAGAUAACCCCCUAACUAGUCCCCCGGCGAGUUUAUGCAAACGCGGCAGAGUCCACAUCUUCAAGUACUUAGAAUUAGAAGCCAUGAAAUUCGACAGGAGAAUAGACUGCGGCAACGGAACACUCAGCAGGAGAUCGCGAAAAAACGGAGGAGGAUCAUCCUCGAUACCUCUGCAGUUCGCCGACAGGCUGAAGCACAAGCGACAGAACGUAGACAGCGGCUACAGCACAAGCAGCGACUGUUACGAGAAACGCUGGUCGCAAGAAAUGAACGUGAAAGAUGCGGACCAAAACGGAACCCAGUCCACGCUGUCGACUCCUUCCACGAUAUCCCCGGCACCCGAAUGCCAUUCGGAGGAGGACUUCUCCAAGUCGAACGAGUACGAUAAGCUGGACGGGCAAAAACCGAGGGACCAUGUUGGUGUACGUCUAAGUCCGUGUCCUGAUAUCGUUUCUAACGGCAAUGGAAUUGAGGAUAAAAAGCCUAUGCACCAAAUUCAGACUUAUAGGGAAUACAAAGAAGCCCUGAAACAGCAGAGGGCCCAAGACGUGCCUUCCAUAUACAGAACAAAAGACGACCAAAGUUAUAAAACGGAACCAAAUACCCCCACCCACAAUCUCUCCCCCUCGCAAACCAUGGCGACCUCCCGCUCCGACCCCACUCCCCUCAACUCCGCCUUCGGUAGCCCGAAAACCGUUUUCGACGACACUAGUCCCAAGAAACCCGUUCAAAAAGUCACCCCCUCCAGAACGUACGUGAACGGUGUCUGCGAGAGCAAAAACGGCUCGCCGGUCAGGAUAACGUCGUACAUGAAACCAAAGUCUCCGAUGAAAGGUCCGAGCGACUUCAUGUCGCACGACAACGUGCCUCCGAAUAAGUCUGUGAUCACCAACGGGAAAGCUUCGAGUCUCAAGGGGUACGCGAGCUCGACUCCCAAGUCUUCGAGCGGCUCAAAAGCGUCUAGGAACAUAAGCUGGGACCACGACGUUCCGACCGAUAAAAUGUCUUUCACCAUGAGGAGGGAAAUCGACAAAGCUAAGGAGGAGACGGAUCUCAUCAAUCAGCUGAGAAAUAUCAUUGAAAGUCGGUUGAAAAUGGCUCUACCUGAAGAUCUGGCGCCAUCUUUGACAGACGGUGUGGUUUUAUGCCAUCUGGCAAACUAUAUCAGGCCUCGAUCCGUGGCUAGCAUUCACGUUCCUUCUCCAGCAGUUCCGAAGUUGACCAUGGCCAGAUGUAGAAGAAAUGUUGACAAUUUCAUUGAGGCUUGUCGAAAGAUUGGUGUUGAUGAGGAUCAUCUGUGCAGUAACCUAGACGUGACGGAAGAUUUGUGCGGAAGAGGUCUGCCACGCCUUUUGGAUACCGUGGAAAAUCUCUGCCGAAUCAAACAGAGUGACCGACGUCUGCCUCCCAAGCCACGGACCCUGCAAGAUAUCACAGUCUCACUCCUGUUGCUCGCUCUCUUCGUCAGCACCGUGGUGCUGUUGAUAAUGUUCCCUCCUCCCGAUUAGAGGGAAGAAGCUACCACGGGGAAGGUCUAAGGAUGCCGUGAGAAUUCGGAUAAGGCUUUUCAGUUUUUUUUUUUUUGUGUACAUUCCGAGAGUAGUCACAGUUGUGUAAGUAUAUGUCUGGGGAAAUGUUCAGCUUCUUCCUUUUCACAUGAAAAUUCUUA